AUGCCGACUUCAGCAAGCGACGACGAGGAAGUGGACAAAUUGUAUGAACAAAUAGUUGAGCUGAUUGCAGCAGAAAAAGCCAAUGAAUAUCUGAUAAUCAUGGGUGAUUGGAAUGCUGUGUUAGGUGAAGGCGCUGAUGGUAAGGAGGUUGGCAAAUAUGGAUUAGGAAAGAGAAAUGAAAGAGGAGAGAAACUAAUUGAGUAUUGCAGAGAGAAUAAACUCAUGGCGACGAAUACCUGGUUUAUGCAAG